GUUUUUUUUGUAAUCGCUUCUGGUUAGGCUUUUGUUUUCUUGCAGCUCUCCUUUGCUGCCAUCUUUAUUUUACAAUUAGCUUUUUUCCUUUCCCGUCCUCUUUUUUCCCCCUUUCAAAGUGUUGUUGUCAUUUUGUUAUUUUCAUUUCUGGUUAUUCAAUUGUUUAUUAUGGUUCAACUUGUCAACUUGUUUUUGUGUCUAAUUGUGAUUAAAGUGAGAAUUAAUCCUCAACUAAAGUGUUAACUUGAAUGCAAUAAUCAUCGUCUAAACCAUCAUCAUCAACAUAACCAUCAAACCUGAUCGCCAUUACAAUCAUCUCAAUCAUUACACUUUUACAUUUGUUUUCCUUCUCGACACAUUUUCAACUAUUUCAACCUUGUUUUUAAUAGUGAGGUUAAUCAACAAAUGGUAUUUGCAUUAAUUUACCUUGUGAUUUAGCAUUUUCUUUCUCCUUUUCCUUUUUUCUUUACUGGUUUCUAAUCAAUCAAUCAUUCGUUUAUUACCAUCAUCAUCUUAACAUCAAUUUAAGGAUAUUUGCUACCAACAAGUGUAAUAAUUUGUUCAACUCUUGAAACUCAAUCAACAUUUUUUACACUCAUCAUCAAAUUAUGGACAGCAAUUGACCCACCAGGAAUUAGAAAGUCCUUUUUUUCAUUUGGUUUGCAAUCACACUUUAUACUUGUAAUAUUUGUAUUGAUAGAGAGCUAAAAUUAUUAGCAUUAUUAUUAUAUAACUUGUGCUGAGUAAAACCUUGAAUUAACAUUCAAUGGCAAGCACAACAACAACUUCACAAGGAGCAGCAAAUUUCAACUGUUAUUGGGGAAUGAUUGGUUCAGAAGAUAAUUCAGGAUUUAACACAAGUGUAAACAGUAACAGUGUAAAUCAAAGUUUAACAAACUGUCAACAAGCAGCCAGUCUUGACUAUAGUCACAGUGCAUACUCAACGGGAUCAACAGGUUAUCCUGCCUCUUAUUAUGCAGUCAGCUCGGGAUCGGCUUAUGGUUCGGCUGCUGCUGCCACUGCUUCAGCAGCAGCAGCUUCAGCAACCCUUUAUCAACAGUUGGCUGCUACAUCGGCCUCAACCAUGGCACAGUUAAUCAAUUGGGAUCAAACAGCAGACGAAGAAAACAAAUCAAAGUUAACCGCAUCCUCAUCCAGUUCAUCUUCAUCGAAAAAAAGUUGCCACUAUUCAUUCAGUGAAUCCAAUUCUCAUUAUGUUCACCAUCCUCAUCAUCCCUUUGAUACAACCUCAUCUAAAUCAACAUUUGACCUUCUCUCUGCUCAUCACACCUCAUCAUCAUCUAAAAAGGGUUCAAUAGCUUCAAUGGCAAAUAACAGUACAACAGCACAAGCACCCAAUUUCAACUACUAUUGGGGAAUGUGUGGAUCAGACGAUAAUUCAGGCUUUGUAAGUGGAUCAUCAAAUACUUCAGUUAAUCCAAUGGCUAAUUGUGCUCAGGGGAGUCUUGAUUAUCCUUAUAAUCCUUACAAUCAAACCAACCCUUGGUAUCCCUACUAUACCAACCAGGGUUAUGGUACAACGGCUUCACCUCUGUACCAGUUGGCUGCUCAUAUACCAACGGCAACUUCAUCGACCCCAAUGGGUUCACUUUUAACGGCAUCUUCUUGGGAUGGAAUCGAUCAAGAUGAAAGCAAAUCCCUGAUAACUUCAAGUAAACAUCAAACUUCAUCAAGCAAUGGUACCAAUAGUAAUGAUAGUAAUAAUAAUACCAAUACCAAUAACAAUAAUAGCACUUCUAAUAAUGCUAAUAACAAUAGUUCUAGUAAUGUUAAUAAUGCCAAUAGUAAUAAUAGUGAUAAUUGUAAUAAUAAUAAUGCUACUUCCAAUAAUAGUUCAGGAAGCAAAAGUAGUAACCUUAAUGCAUCAACAAGCAUUUCCAAUCAGAGUAAUGAGUCAAACAAUACAAAUGUUAAUACAAGCAAUGCAAGUGCCGCAAACAGUGUUAAUGGCAAUGUAAACAACAGUUCAACAUCAACAACAAUCAACACCAACAACAGUGGAAACAGUGGUUUUAGUGCAAAUUCAAACAGUACUAAUAGCAACUCCACUAAUACAAGUAACAGUAACUCUAGUAAUAAUACUAAUUGUGUUAAUAGCAAUUCAAAUAGUAACAGUUCCAAUGCAACCAAUUCAACUUCAAUUGGUAAUAGCAGUAAAAAACAUUGCGCUUACUAUUUAAAUGAAAAUCCAACUCAUCAUUAUUCAAAUGUUCACCAUCCUUUGGAUACAAAUCAAACAAUUACACCCAAACUUGAACUCAUCACAAAUCAUCCCAAUCCAUCAAAAAAAGGCACAACCAAGGCUGGAAGAGGUCGAGGUCGCCGUCAACCAACCCAAUCACCCGAUCUUGAAAAUCACUUGGAAAGGGUUUUCAUUUGGGAUUUAGAUGAAACUUUAAUCAUUUUCACAAGCCUUUUAAACGGUACUUUUGCAUCUAAAACUGGAAAGGAUGGCGAGGCUUUAACACAAUUGGGAUUAUUGAUUGACGCAAUGAUGUUGAACAUGGCAGAUCUACAUUUCUUUGCAAAUGAUUUACUGCAUUGCGAUCAAAUCCAUAUUGAUGAUGUAUCAUCUGAUGAUAAUGGACAAGAUUUAAGUUCAUACGAUUUUAGUAAAGAUGGUUUUAACGAAGCAACUCGAAGUAACAAUAUGGGUUGUCUACCUUCAGCUGGAACAAGAAGUGGAAUAGAUUGGAUGAGAAAGUUAGCUUUCAGAUAUCGAAGGAUUAAAGAGAUUUACGAUCAGUAUCGUAACAAUGUUUCAAGUCUCUUAGGGAACAAAGCAAAUGAAUGGAUGCAUAUUCGCAGUGAAAUUGAAAAUUUAACCGACAAUUGGUUGACUUUUGCUAUUAAAUGUUUAACAAUAAUCAAUGAAAGACCUAAUUGUGUUAACGUUCUUGUAACCGAUUCAAACCUGGUUCCUGCUUUGGUAAAAUUACUGUUACAUGGAUUAGGACCAUUCUUUCCGAUUGAUAAUAUUUACUCAGCAGCUAAAGUUGGUAAAGAUCCGUGUUUCAAUAAAAUAAAAGAUCGUUUUGGUUCUAAAUGUACUUAUGUUGUUAUCGGUGAUGGUCAAUUUGAAGAAUCAGCAGCAAAAUCACUUGGAAUGCCUUUUUGGAAAGUUGAUAAUCAUGCUGCUUUGAUUAAUUUACACCAUGCUUUGGAGCAGGAUAUCCUUUAACCAGCGGAUAAAUAUUGGUAUCAAUGUAAAUCAAUGGAAAGGAAGGCAGCCAAAAGGACAAAAGGAAAAAAAACGUUAAUCAAACGAUAAUUCAUUGAGCAAGAAAAAAACUGUUUUAUCAAAUCAUGAGAUGAAAAGCUUACACCAAAUUUUCAAGCAACAACCUUUCCUUUACCCAGCUAAGGUUACCAAGAA